CGUUUCGUGUCCAGGAACACGAAACAUCUUGUUCAACUCCACAUUUGAGUUUUAACUUUUUUUCCAAAAUGAGCAUCCCGGUGGUGGACUUUGGCGCGUGCAGCCUGAGCGAGGAAGAGGUGGGCGACGAGCAGAUGAUGCACGCGCUGUGCAAACAGCUGGAAUCCGCUUUCACUGGAGUUGGAUUCGUGUUUCUGAAGAACACUGGGAUCACCCAGGAGGAGGUGAACGCUGUCAUGGCCGUCUCCAAGACCUUCUUCCUGCAGCCAGAGGAGGAGAAGAAACCCUUCAGCAGGAAAAGCUUCGCCGACAAUCCCAACCACGGCUGGGUGCAGCUGGAGCUCGAGAGGUUGAAUCCCGCUCGCCCUGGAGACCUGAAGGAGGCGUUCAACGUCUCUUUAAUCAGUCCUGACAUUGAAUGGCCGUCGGGCGCCGUGGAAGGGUUCCAGGAGAUCCAGACGACGUUCUUCCGCCGCUGUAAGGAGCUGAGUCUGCGGGUGCUGAGGGUGAUGGCCCUCAGCCUGGGUCUGGACCCCCAGGUGUUCCUGAGCGCGCACCGCUUCAUAGGAGCUGAAGGGAAUAACUCGACGCUGCGUUCGCUGUACUACCCGCCGGUAAACCGCGAGACCGUGAAGGAGGAUCAGGUGCGAUGUGGGGAGCAUUCAGACUACGGCAGCAUCACGCUGUUGUUCAGCACCUCCGAGGGUCUGCAGGUGCAGAGGCGUUCGGGUGAAUUCAUGGACGUCCCCUACGUGCCCGGAACGGUUCUCAUCAACAUCGCCGACCUGAUGCAGCGCUGGACCAGCGACCGCUUUGUCUCCGCGGUCCACAGGGUGUUGCUGCCCCCUGCUGGAGACUCCAGCACACGUCAGUCUCUGGCCUUCUUCGUGCAGUCGGACGACGAGGCUCUGAUCACGUGCUGCGACGGCUCCAACAGAUACCCUCCGAUCACCGGGGGAGACUACCUGGCGGAGCGCUUCAGUCGCACGUACUGAGUCAGCAGGCGUAGGUUUGCAUCUGGUCUCGAGGACUAGUCACGACCAAAGUUUGGGAAAGACCAGAAGGGAUUAGUUUUCUUAUUUAAAUCUUUUUAUUUAAAUGUAUUUUAAUUGUAUUUAUUUAAUUUAUAUGUAUUUUUAAAUUAUUUAAUUUAUUUAAUUUAGUUAAUUUAAUUUAUUUUAAUUUAUUUAAUUUAUUAAAUGUAUUUUAUUUAAAUGUAUUUUAUUUUAUUUAUUGUUUUUUCUUACUGCAUUGCAAAAUCAUUGCCCCUUGUCAUACGGUGCAGAAAUUGUAAAUUUAAUAUUUUCAAUAUUUCUUCUGCCUCUGCUUCUCCCCAAAGUAGUAGCACCCAAAAAAAACACAAAAACACAUCUGACAAAACUCACCAGCAAUGCCUCUCUGUUGCAGGGCCGGACGCCGCAGGUCAACUACCGGCCACCGGUCAACAGCUGCAUGAAAAUAGUCAGAUUUAAAAAAGAAUGUUCCUGUAGAAAACAUUUUGGAUAUUUUUAGGUGGUUUACACAUUUUAUACUUCUAUAUCUUUAGGAUAAAAAUGAUUAAAUAACAUCACGUUUACAGAUAAAUUAAUAAUAAUUAUAUAUUGAAAUAAGCUGUGUGUAUUAUAAUUGUGUUGGUGACACCAGGUUGGCUGUAUGUGUGCAGAGAGCUUGUGUCUCAUAAUAUAAUAAUUUCUUUUCAUUUUUAUUUAUGUUCUACACCGCUGUAAAUCGAGAUGGGGGGAAAUUAAACGCCAACUUUAAAAAACGUGAUUAUAUAUUAAUAAAAACACAUCAGCGGUAGCGCAGUAGGCUGAUGUUCCUUUUCCAGUGUGAGUAACUCAUGGAGCUGUUGUACAAGGUCUGAACGGACAAUUAAAUGAAUGAACUUGCAA